AUGGUCAUAUCGUUUUAUUUAUGGUACGUGCUAGUCAAGCAAGAUCUUGAAAUCGAAAAGAGAUGUUUUUGGUGGGUUUCUGCUAUAAUUUGGUUAUCCACCAUAGUGUACACCAUUUCAGAGAUAAUAUUGUCGACUAACGAAGACAAUUGGGGGGUUUUGAUUUCUUCAUUUAAUUGCAAGGGAUCUAAAAACAAGAGAAAUUUUUACGGUUAUGCAAUUCCAACAAUAUCGCUGGUAUUUGUGGCGCUGAUAAUGACGUGUCAUACUUCAGUUAUCUUGUAUAACCGAUGGAAGAAAUUUAAUGACAAUAUGAACAGGACAACAGCGAUUAAAUUAGGACGGGCGGUUCGAUUGAACAUCCUCUGUAUUUUGUACAUAACAUAUUUGUUAUUUACACUCAUACCUCGUUUCAUAAGUCAUCACAGUAACCUUCCAUCAUCUUCAUAUUUAG